AAUAUUAACCAUAAAACAUUUCGAUCUCGGACUGUUUUCUAUCUCUGUGCCUUAUAGUAAAUAUUAAAUGAACUAACUUCAGUACACGACAAAGGAUGUUAAUAAAUUUGUGGUAAUUACUUCAUAUCGCAAGAUUGCGAAAAAAAAAAAUAAAGAAAGAAAAAAAUCAUUUAAAAAACAAAACGCAACAUAGUUGAAAACGGAUUGUGGUUACUUAGCUCGGUAGUUUGUAGACGCUGUAGACGAGUUGGUGAUUAAAGAAUUAAUGGUGAUUGAAAUUAUUGUAUUUUAAUGCUUGACAAAAUAAAAAUUAAUAAAGAGAAAACGAGUGUCUUCAUAAACGUCUCCUUUUAAAUGAAAUUUUAAGGAAUUCGAUUUACCUGAACACUGCCUUUAUUUGGAUUAUAAUAGAAACUGAUUUCUGGGCUCCUUUUUAUAUUAAUUAAUUGGAAAGUAACAAACUGGACAUAAGAAAAUGUUGAAAUUUAUACGAGGAAAAGGGCAACAACCCACGGCCGAAAGACAGCGCUUGCAAAAAGAAUUAUUUGCGUACAGAAAGACUGCUCAGCAUGGUUUUCCGCAUAAACCGUCGGCAUUGGCCUUUGAUCCCAUAUCCAAAUUAAUGGCCAUCGGCACGCAAACGGGUGCUUUAAAGGUAUUUGGUCAACCAGGUGUUGAGUUUUAUGGUCAGCAUACAUUGCAAAAUAAUAUGGGAGCCGAGUUAAAUGUACAACUCAUAGAAUGGGUUUACGGUACGGGACGUUUACUUUCAUUAACGGCUGCUAAUCAGCUAAUACUCUGGGAGCCAGCUGGUACCACACUCUUAGCCGUCAAAUCUUUGGCCUUCGACAACGAACUGAAAAAAGUCUCGUCGCUCUGUUGUUCGCUAAGUACCGAUUUUGUUUGGAUUGGCACAGAGGCGGGCAAUGUGUAUCAAUUCGAUUUAAAAAAAUUCUCAGUAACUGAGACAGUUAUCUAUCAUGAUAAAGUUAUGGAACAGGUGCCUCCCACUUAUAAAUUGAAUCCCGGUGCUAUUGAAGCUAUUCGUCAAAUACCUCACGAUCGUAAUAAACUCUUAAUAGCGUACAAUCGCGGUUUGUGCGUUUUAUGGGAUCUCGAAAAUGCGAUGGUUAUGAGAGCUUAUAUUGCUCCCGGGCAUGGGCAAAGCGUGGGUCUGCAUGUCAAUGCAGCUGGGACUAAAUUUACUUGGUACCAUGCUGACGGCUCUUUCGCCACCUGGAAUGUUACUAACGGAGAUCCACCGAAGGAUGUCAACAACGUUCCGUACGGCCCUGAUCCAUGUAAAAGUAUUAAUCGUCUUUACAAGGCUAAGAGGGGAGGCAUGGAAAUGUCGAUAUUUUCAGGUGGUAUGCCUCGUUCAGCGUAUGGUGAUCGUAACUGCGUGUCGGUACAUACUAGUGACGGUCAUAGAAUUUGCUUAGACUUUACCUCUAAAGUUAUAGACUUUUUUAUAACGUAUAAAUCAGCUGAAAGUGAUCUAGCUGAUGUUUUGGUAGUGCUACUGGAGGAGGAGUUUUGUGCUUUCGAUCUCACUAAUACCAAAGUAUCACCCAUUAAAGCUCCUUAUUUGCAUUCAGUUCACGCUUCAGCAGUUACUUGCAAUUAUUUGGCUUCACAAGUAACGCAGGAAGUUUAUGACAAAAUUAUAAAAGCAGGAGAGGAGCAAGACCAACGUUACAGUUCCGUAGAAUGGCCCAUAAAUGGCGGUUUACUGAAUGAGGCAUUGGAUCAAGAAGAGAUUAAGAGUAAUGAUCAAAAUCAGCAACAGGACUAUGAAAUUCUUUUAACUGGCCAUGAAGAUGGUUCGGUUAAAUUUUGGGAUUGCACCGGUAUAGUUUUGAAACCGAUUUACAAUUUUAGAACAUCUUUGUUGUUCGGACAUGACAAUGAUGUCAUGAUGGAAAAUAUAGAAACCACUGAUCCUUCUGAGCCGCCGUUUCGGAAAGCCGGUCUUUUUGAUCCUUACUCUGAUGAUCCUCGUUUAGCUGUUAAAAAGCUAGCUUUAUGUCCAAGGACGGGUCACUUAAUUGUAGGCGGUAGUGCUGGUCAAAUGGUUGUCGCUGACUUUGUUACCGAUGAGGUUAAGAAAGCUCCACUGAGGGUAAACUCUAUGAAUUUGGUAAGCGAUCGUGAUGGGUUCGUUUGGAAAGGCCAUGAUCAAUUGAAUGUUCGCGACACACUUUUGGAAGCGGAUGCUGAACCAAUAGGGGAUGAAGGUGUUCACAUAAUGGGCGUUUUGCAAGUAUUGCCCCCAGCCAGCAUUACCUGUUUGGCUUUAGAGGCUAACUGGGGUUUAGUUGCUGGUGGCACCGCUCAUGGUUUGGUGCUGUUCGAUUUUAAAAAUUUCCUACCUGUUUAUCAUCGCUGCACUUUAAAUCCUAAUGAUCUUACGGGCUCCGGAGAACAGUUAUCGCGUCGCAAAUCGUUUAAGAAAUCACUACGUGAAUCCUUCCGUAAACUGCGCAAAGGCCGAUCAACCCGCCACAAUCCACACCAAAUGACUACACUGUUGGAAAGCCGUCCUGUGGAACGACAGGUCGAGGCGCGCUCUACAGAUGAUUGCAUGGGUUCUAUGGUGCGUUGUUUAACAUUUGCCAAAACUUAUAUAACAAACGUAAACGCAACAUCACCCACCUUGUGGUCCGGUACUAACGCCAGCACAGUUUCCGUGUUUUUAUUGCAUUUGCCACUUUCGCAGGCGUCCAGUGGAGAUAAAGCAGAUGUUGCCAACACGCCACGGCGUAUUACUGCACAACUGGCUAAAGAAAUUCAACUGAAACAUCGUGCACCUGUUGUGGGUAUAGCAGUUUUCGAUAAUACCGGCUGUUCGGUAGAUCAGAUUACAUCAGGCAAUGGAGUGGCGCCACAUCGCGUGUUAAUAGCCUCCGAGGAACAAUUCAAGAUUUUCUCGUUGCCGCAAUUGAAACCUCUGAAUAAGUAUAAGUUGACCGCCAACGAAGGUGCUCGAGUACGGCGCAUACAUUUUGCUUCAUUUAUGUGUCGUGUUGCUCCAGAAAUAAUACAAGGUGCUAUGUCGGGCGGGAGUGGUGGAAGCCCAACAAAAUCAACGCGUUCCCAGGAACACCAUGAUGCCGCUAAUACCAGCGUAGAAUCUACAACUGGGGCGGGACAAGGAGAACUUUAUCGUGAAAUGGCUUUGAUAUGUUUAACAAAUCUCGGAGAUAUUAUGGUUUUGUCCAUUCCGGAAUUGAGAAGGCAACUUAACGCAGCUGCUGUUAGACGGGAAGAUAUUAACGGCAUAUCUUCUCUAUGCUUUACCAAUUCUGGUGAAGCUCUUUACAUGAUGUCAUCCUCUGAAUUGCAACGCAUCUCUUUGGCGACUGCUAAAGUAAUUACACCUAUGGGUAGUGUAAAUGUGCAAGAUUUAAACAUCGCUGAAGAGCUUAAUGACCACGGUAAGGCCAUUGAUCAAGAAUCGCUUCACGGGAAUGAAACCAAAGGAUACCAUGAUAACAUUCGUACAACUGCCAAGCUGUCAGCUCAUGCUCCAAAUCGCAUUUCAACCACCAAAACUACUACUCAAGCAGCUAAACUGCUUGAAGUCAAUGUAGAUAAUCCCGGGCUCACCAACGGUAUCGACAAUGGUGAAAAUAGUUCACCGAAUCGAGCCAAUGACACGAUUACUAGUUCGGUAGGAGAUAUAACUGUCGAUUCGGUACGUGAUCAUUUAAAUGCCACUACCACUACCUUGUGUUCGACCACCACCGAAGAGACAGUCGGACGUCUCUCGGUAUUGAGUACGCAAACAAAUCAAACCUUGACCAGUGUUAAUAUGAAGGACGUUACCGAUGUAAAUAUAUCGAAUUUAAUGGAUUUGGCACCACUGAGCAAUACCACCGAAACUAAUACAAGUUCGGUUGUGAUUAAAUCAGUUAUCACUAGUAUUUCACAUGAAAAAACUAAUGGUGAAACUGAAGUAGUCACCACCAAGACCACCACACAUGAAGAAAGUCAAUUUUAAUAGAGGUUUUCCUAUAUCAUUUAAAGCAACAACAUUUUUCGAUUUUUCUUUUUGUUUUCAAUCUACACUUCUAAGGCAUACACUAAACCCAUUUCUUAAAUGAUUUGCAUAUUCGUAAGUAAGUUUUGUAAACUUGUCGAAUCGGUUUGCAUGUUUUCCAUUUUAUUAAAUUUUAUGUACGUAAAUAUGUGACUGUCGCUUGCGUCAUACUUUUAAACCGCAUUUGUUGCAGUUUAUUAUCAUCUUUAUUAGUAUUACCAAUUGACUCAUGUAUUGAUGAAAUGAUUUUAAUGAUACCAUUUCCUUGGUAUUACUCUAAUUAGCAAUUAUUAUUAAAAAAAAAAAAAAAAAAA